AUGUCAGACCCUCGGAGAAGAAAGGCCCGUCAUACGCUGACGCCCGAGAACUUAUCCUCGACUAUUCAGGUGACAAGUCUUCCCGCAGAUUGGACUCAAGAUACAGUGUCAUCCGUGGUGGCAGGUUCGGGACCUAUUAUUGAUAUAACGUCUAAAAAUGACCCUAGAACUGGGAAACUUAGUGCUGUGCUAUACGAUUUCAAGACCAGUAGGGAUUGUAAACGUGCAUUUGAUAUCUUGAAGCGUAUUACUGGUCUGCCCUGCAACUUGGAAAGAAUCAUCCCACCAAAUUAUGAAGAUCAUGCAUCUGGAAAGAGUGAAAUAUCUUUAAACAGAGAUUCGUUCCCCUGGAAUUUGAGUCUGGAUCUACCAUUCGAGAUGGUUUCCGAAGUUCCUUUACCUCGCAAACCCGUUACAAUCACGACAUCGUCUUCGUCUGCGUCUAGUGGGGCGAAAGUGGCAUUCCCUGAUAUUUUAAGUAAAGCAUCUCAACAUUUGCCCCAGUUUCAGCCCAAUACUUUCACAGCAGCCGAUCCCGUUUCGAAGAAUUUAAGCAAGACCCCACCUUUGCAGUUGAUCGAGAUCAUAUCGAACUUGAAAAUCUUGGCGAACCAGGAUAAUAGUAGGAGGAAUCAGCUGGAAAGUUUCUUGAAGACUAAUAUGGACAUUUCCGUGUCAGUCACGCAGGCGUUGCUGGAGAUGGGGUUUAUCGACUAUAACGCUGUUACCAAUGUAAUAAAAAUGCAGCACAAGGGUAACGGAGUAAUGAACAAUAAUAGCGGACCAGCAAGUACCGUUAAUAGCAAUUCCAACACACCUUUAAACCAGAAUAUGGCUCCAUUGAAUAAUAUGCCCAUGCCCAUGCCAAUGGCACCACCUUUUAUGCCACCACAAAAUUCACAAAUGCAACAACCACCUCCACCUCCAUUUGGAUUUGUGCCACCCCCAAUGCCAUUCAUGUCUCCUCCUCCUGCAAUGCACUCACCACCUCCAAUGAUUUCACCUCAACCAGGUGCUAUUAACAUGGUAAAACUGCAAACAUUACCACAGAAUCAAAGGGAUAUGAUUAAACAGGUAUUGAAGUUAACCGAUGAUCAACUACGAUCUCUACCAGCAGAUCAACGAACAAUGGUAGAAAAUCUGAGAAAGGAAUAUACAGUAUGA